CUUUCAGCAACAUAGCUUGUUGCAACUCAACGCUACAGCUAGAGUUCGCCGCAGGAGAAGUGUGCCGGCGCCGGGACCCACUGCUAGCGCCACCCGCCCAAGCAAGGAGUGAGGUCCCGCCGCUGCCCGGGACCGGGUGCCCUCUUAAACUCUCACCUCCAGUCAAAGUCAAACUCUGAGGAAAAGUUUCUGUCAACUUUGAGGACGUUUUGUCAACUUUGAGAAGAGUUUGUCAACUUUGAGGGGAAAGUUUCUGUCAACUUUUGAGAAGAGUUUUAACUUUGAGAAAAGUUUGUCAAUUUCCAAGAGAGUUUCCGCGACAUUCCAACCUGCUUCACCUGGAGCCGCCACUUCCGGGUGUAGUGGAGACGGGACGGGACGGAGCAGCCUGCGGUCGGUCGGUCGGCCGUGGAUCUGUCGAGGGACGGGGCCGGGGGAACGGAUGGCCGGGCCGGGCGAGUUGCCGUUGAUCCAGAUCCACAGCCGCCCAGAGCCGGCGGACGGUGGCGAGCAGUCGCCGCGGCUCCUCCACAGCCAACCUGGUCAGGCAACGCACCACUUGCUGGAAUACGGGACGCAGAGUGCCGGAGUAACUCAGCAGCCCCAAGGUAAAAUUAGACAACUGAGAAGUCUGAUUCAACAAUAUAUUUGCAACAAAGAUAUCUACAACAAAAUUGUCUUCUGGAGGUGUAAAGUGUGGAUGUGUCUUUUGGCUGUUGUAGUGUUAAUCAUCACUUUAGUAUCCGCUGUCAUCAUCGGCAUCAGGGCCACACCACUUGAUGAUGAGUUCAUCGAUCCAAACCUCAAGAUUCACGGAGCACCCCGGUAUUACGUUGGAAGCAUGAGGCUUCCUAACAACUCGUUCACACCUGAACUAGCAACACCCCAAUCUAGGAACUUCUCCUCCUUGGCAAACACAUUGAAGACCAUGCUGCAGCAACUCUACAGACAAUCCCCAGCCCUUGGCUAUUACUUUGUGGACAGUGAUGUCUUCUCGUUUAGCAACGGCAGCGUUAUUGCCCAUUACUGGUUGCAGUUUGCGUUGCCAAAGGAGGCGGAGCUUUUGAUUAGAUACACACUGAGUAUUGAAGUGUUGAUCAACGUAUUGCGGCAGCAUCUCCACACCGCAGACGUGAGGGAAGUCGCAGAGGUCGACCCAUCCUCUGUCACUCUGCAAGUGGCAAAUGAAGAAUAUGUUCGAAGUUUGAAAACCGGCCAAUGUGUAUUUCAUGUUUUGCUACAAGGCAGAAAGCAGACUUUUGAUUCGCUGGGAUUAGUGAACUGCAGCAGAAACAGCAGUAACUAUUGGCUGGUCCAAGGAAUGAGUGGUUACUCCAUCAAAGCUGACAUUACAUGGAUGGCCGCCAGAUCCGUCUGCAGUGAUGUGGAGGUGGCAACGUAUAGCUCUUGGUUCCCAGAUACAGAGCAAACUGUUAGUAAGUUCAUUCAAACGGGCCACGCCUUUACCAGCGAGCUAGUAGUUUCUGGGAGUGUGUUACUCGUGACCUUUAACCCGAGAGCAGGAUGUGAACUUUCGCAAUACUCAAUCACGUUUCUUCAGGUACCAGAAACAGAUUGCGGGGGUGUUCUUGUUGGGACAAAUGGCAGCUUUGUGUUCCCCAGCUAUUCAAACGACCUUCUUGAAGGCAUCAACUGUACUUGGAAUUUGAAGCUCCAAGAACAUUUUCGAGCGAAACUCACCUUCAAAGAUUUCAGACUGGAUGGUUCUCCAAAUAUUGGAGCGUCGUGUGUGGCAGAUUACCUAGAGGUAGAUGGACAAAGAUUCUGCGGAGAGCACCAACAGUUCUGCCUUUACAGUAAAGGUUCCAGUUUACAGAUAAAAUAUCAUUCCAACCUGACCCACACUAAAAGCUUCACGGUAGACUACAUGGCCACAACAGAUGAAUUGACAGGGAGUCAGUGCCAUUGAUGAGACUGAUUGACGGAGGAUUCCUCGAUAAGUACAGUAAUUGGGAUAUUGGAAGUGCUUAUCCUCGAGAUAAUGUUGUCGCAAAUCUACAAGCAAGUUUUAAGGCGUUACUGGACAUUGUGCAUCAUGUACCGAGCAGACGAAAUAUAUCCUGGUCAACAAGUCCCAGCACAUCCUCUGCCCAGACUCCACCAGGGCAGGUUUCCUGAAACACGUACUGAAUUAGAGGUGGGAAAGUACUAAAUUGGAGUAAGGCAAACUAUGACUUUCUUCAGCAGGAGCUGCCAACAAUUGUUAUUGGGCAAGUCCACGUCGGACAUGUCGGUUAAGGGCCAGUUGCUCGAUGUUCAGAACCCGCAUGUACCAGUGAAGAGAUGGGGUCAUGAUGGGGUUAUGAUGGGAAAGGAAGGGACCUGGAUGACCAAAGAGGUCGUAAAUUUGAUCAAACAGAAAAAGGAAGCACAUGCAAGGUUUAAGAGGUUGGAAUCAGCCAAGGCCUUUGACGAAUAUAAAGAAGGGAGGAGAGAACUCAAGCAGAUGAUUAGAUCGGCCAAAAGGGGAUGAGUCAGAUUACAUAAAAUCCCAUAGGUUUUCAUACCUAUAUUAAAACAAGAGGAUAACCUGGAAGAAGGUAGAACAGCUCAAGGAUAAAGGAGGAAAUCUGUGCUUGGAGUCUGGGGAUGUAGGUGAGUAAACAAGUGCUUUGCUUAGAUUUUUACCAAAGAGAAGGACAUGGAAGACAGUGAGAUCAGUGUGGAGAAUACUAAUAUGCAAGGGCAGUUUGAGAUUAAGAAGGAGGAGUUGUAGGGGCAUUUGAAGAGCAUUAAGGUGGAUAAAUCCCCAGGACCUGAUGGGAUUUUCCCCAGGUUAUUGAGAGAGACAAGAGAGGAGGCUGCAGGAGCCUUAACAAAGAUCUUUGCAACUUAUCAAGCUGCAGGCAAGGUUCCGGAAGACUGGAGAGUAACUAAUGUUGAUCCAUUAUUUAAGAAGGAAAGUAGAAAGAAUACAGGGAAUUAUAGGCUGGUAAAUCUCAUGUCAGUGGUAGGGAAACUAUUGGAGAGGAUUCUUCACGAUAGGAGUUACUUCCAUUUGGAAGAGAAUGGGUUACCUAUGGACAAUCGGCAUUGCUUUGUGCACAGUGGGUCAUUUCUUACUAACUUGAUUGAGUUUUUGAGG